GAUAUUUUUCAGCAUUCAACAAGCUGUCACACAAUACGAAUCACUGUGCAUUUAUAUUGCUAUAUUUUCUAGAAUCGUGUUAAUGAGUUUGUUGUAUGCAAUUACCUAGUAAACAGCUGAAACGGCAUGGAUUGUAACGAUCUAAACACUUUCGGAGACGACGACAUUAUUGAACCAUGUCGAACGUGCGGCAUUUAUUUCAUAUCCAACCAUGCAGUCAUCCAGCCAAUAUUUACAAUCCCUGGAACCGGUGACAUUUCUAAUGGCUGCAUGCAGGAAAUAGUGGAGCAAAUGAAUGCUUGGAAUCUUGAGGUGGACAGAAACGACGGCCGACCACAAUACAUGUGCAUUGCGUGCAUUGGCGAAUUUCAGAAGGUGUUAAACUUCAAGCGCAGCUGCCUUGAUACACAGGAACAAUUUGAUGAAAUUGAUUGCAAGCGUGCACACAAUGGACUUGUGAUCAAAAAGGAAAUUGAUUCGCCCAGUGAAGUUAAUAAAUACUGUGGGUUUAUUUAUAUAGAUACAGACGAAGAGUGUGGCAGCGAAGAGGAUGGCAGCAGGCGCGUCUGUGCUCCUUUCGAUAUACCACAUGUGCCUAUUAAGGAAGAGCAUACGGCUCGUGUGCCACUAGAGACACAAUUUGAGCCACCAGUGCCAUUACUUAGUAAUUUGUCCGAUGAAGCGACUUUUGCAAAAGUCAAGCCUGAGCUGCUCGCCGCUUCUAAUGGCUUCAACUCCAAAGUAUUUGAGAGUGCCCCUCAGCCAAUUGCCAGCCAAGAGACCGAUGACGAUAUCAUCAAGUUCACCUAUGAAGAUGACGAGGACGACGAACCAUUGGUCACACUACCGGCGCCAAUUGAAGAUCCCGGUGUCUUUUGCAAACUUUGUGGGCAUGCAUCUGGUACACAAGAAAGACACAACGAGCAUAUGAGUCGCAUACACAUGCUUAAGGAUUGCGAGUGCUAUAUAUGCGGCAAGAAAUUCGCCAACGCACAUGAAUCACGUCUCAGGUUUCACAUGAAAUGGCACAAACUACAAAAACAUCUAAAGUGCCCCAUCUGCGGCUUCUUUUGUAAUUCCAAAGACACGCUCAAGGAGCACAAACUGGCAGUGCAUACCCGUUCGAAAUGUGAAUUCUGCGGCAAGACCAUAAAGCACAGACAGCUACAGGCGCAUCUUAAUCGGCAUAUACAAGAUCAUGAAGAAGAAUUAGCGCGUAAAAUGCGUUUAAUGCAAACAAUAGAAACCACGGUCCCAUUAUCUCCGAAUUUGAUACAAUGCGCCUUUUGCGUGUGUACAUUUGACGAUGCUGAAGACCUGCAGAACCAUGUGCUGUCCGUACAUCAAAUGCCGGACGAAGAGCGGCCCGAACCGGAGCAGUUGCCAGCAAUUGAUACUUCCACACUAACCGGCCAAAUAGAGUUACCAAAGUCGGCAACUAUUUAUGAAAUGCCCAUACUAGAUGCUACUAAUAGUACUAUAAAUUCUAGCAGUAGUGCGCGUCACAAAAAGUCUAUCUGCGAGUGUAGUAUUUGCGGCAAACAAUUCGAUUUAAAGAUUAAACUCAAUCGACAUCUGAAGAUGCAUGCUAAGACACCACUCUGAUGGAUACACAAUGUUACUAAAGUUUUUCCAAUUCCUGAAAUAGCAGCCUCAACUGGAUAACAAUUCAAACUUCAUGCACACAUAAAUUAUGCCAUUAUGUCAUUGUUAAUAU